AUGGCGGACAAUGUCAAAUUCUCCGACUUGAACCGGGUAGUGACGAUUGAGAAAGCCAGCUUCCAGAACGAGGGUGUUUAUCGUUGUAUCGUAAAGCGAGGCAGGUCAUCACGCGCCGAAAAAGAGUACACCUUGCUACUGUCAGUCUGCCCUUAUCUAUCUAUCUGUUCAUUUUACCUAUCUCAGUCUGCUCCUAUCUAUCUAUCUAUCUAUCUAUCUAUCUAUCUAUCUAUCUAUCUAUCUAUCUAUGUUCAUAUCUAUUUAUCUCAGUGUGCCCAUUAUCUAUCUAUCUAUCUAUCUAUCUAUCUAUCUAUCUAUCUAUCUUGGUUCAUAUCUACCUAUCUCAGUCUACUCAUAUCUAUCUAUCUAUCUAUCUAUCUAUCUAUCUAUCUAUCUAUCUAUCUUCAACUCUGCUCGUGUAAUAAUGAUGUGAUAUUAAAUAUAAAUGGCUUUAAUUAUCUAUCUAUCUAUCUAUCUAUCUAUCUAUCUAUCUAUCUAUCUAUCUAUCUAUCUAUUUAUUUAUCUCUAUCUAUCUUUAUUGAUAUCUAUCUAUCCAUGCCUGUUCGUGUCUGUCCAUGUCUUUUCAUAUCUAUCUAUCUAUCUAUCUAUCUAUCUAAUUUGUUCUUAUCUAUCUAUCUAUCUAUCUAUCUAUCUAUCUAUCUGACUGUCUAUUUAAUUUUGUUCUUAUCUAUCUAUCUAUCUAUCUAUCUAUCUGACUGUCUAUUUAAUUUUGUUCCUAUCUAUCUAUCUAUCUAUCUAUCUAUCUAUCUAUCUAUCUAUCUAUCUAUCUAUCUCAGUCUGUUCAUAUCUAUCUAUCUCAGUUUGUUCUUAUAUAUCUAUCUAUCUAUCUAUCUAUCUAUCUAUCUAUCUGAUUGUCUAUUUAAUUUUGUUCUUAUCUAUCUAUCUAUCUAUCUAUCUAUCUCAGUUUGUUCUUUUUUAUCUAUUUCAGUUUGUUCUUGUCUAUCUAUCUAUCUAUCUAUCUAUCUAUCUAUCUAUCUCAGUCUGUUCAUAUCUAUCUAUCUCAGUUUGUUCUUAUAUAUCUAUCUAUCUAUCUAUCUGACUGUCUAUUUAAUUUUGUUCUUAUCUAUCUAUCUAUCUAUCUAUCUAUCUAUCUCAGUUUGUUCUUUUUUAUCUAUUUCAGUUUGUUCUUGUCUAUCUAUCUAUCUAUCUAUCUCCGCAUAUUUAUAUAUCAGCAUGUGUGUGUACGUAUUUCGAUGUAGAUAUAUAAAAACAAUGGCUAUUAACACAAGCAAAUUAUCUACCUAA